AUGUGUGCAGUUUACGAUGCAGCCAUUAUGUGCUUUCUCCAUCUAGAGACGUUCAAGAACCAUUACAUCUUGAGCCUCACGCAGAAGUUGAGUUCUGCUCUGCUGUCCAUGGGCAUAUGGGGUAUCAGAAAAUAA